AUGCCGAAGGAGAAGAAGGCGGCGACUGAUGGCAAGAAGGGAAAGGCACCAGUGAAGAAAGUGCCAGUCAUCGACGAGAUUGCUGCUUAUGGUCUGAAUGUCGUUCACAUACAACAAUUUGAAGCACUGGGCUUUGAGAGACAAAAGGUGAUUGACGUAAUGAAGAGGCUUAACUAUGGUGGAGUGAAUGGUACAAAGAUUGCCGAUGACAAGUGGUUGAAAAGCUCCUGUCGCGGCGCCUACCUCGCCGUUCCAGUUGAAGGGCUUGGCUACAUGCGUCGGGACUUGCCACUCAUCAAUAUCCUUGCAAAUAUACCUCAUAUCCCCAAUCAUGGCUACCAGACCCCAGAAGUCGAUUAA